AUGACCAGCACGAACAACAGCUCGUCCGCCGACGGACUGGACAUCAAGAAGAUAGCCGUGAUCGGCAGUGGUAGCAUGGGUGGUGGUAUGGCCCUUCUGUUCGCCGAGAAUGGCUGCCAUGUAUCGCUAGAAGAUCCCUCUGAAGAAGCUAUGGAUGGUAUCAUCAAACAGGCCAAAGAAGAAGGCUUCGGAGAUCGUAUCAGCAAGCACAGCGACUACAAGUCAUUGUGCAACUCCCUCGAUUCGCCCAAGGUCUUCGUCUUCAGCUUGCCCCAUGGUAGUGUAGGAGACGGUGUGCUUGCAGGUCUCAUGCCUUACCUCGAGAAGGGAGAUAUCAUCAUCGAUUGUGGUAACGAGCAUUGGAAGAACACAGAAAGAAGACAGGGCAAAUGUGUCACCAGAGGUAUCAGAUAUAUUGGCUGUGGUGUCUCUGGAGGAUACCAAGCUGCCCGUCGCGGUCCAUCGAUGUGCCCAGGAGCUGAUGAUCAAUCCCUUGAUCUCGUCCUUCCUUUCCUGCGUAAGGUUGCUGCAAAGGACCCCAAGGGUAGACCAUGUGUUGGCAAGGCUGGUACAGGAGGUGCAGGCCACUACGUGAAGAUGAUCCACAACGGUAUCGAACACGGAAUGAUGAGUGCCAUCUCGGAAGCAUGGGGCAUAAUGAGAACUGGCCUUGGACUGUCUGAGGACGAGAUCGGCGACAUCUUUGAGAAGUGGAACACGGAGGGCGAGCUGGAAGGUACAUUCCUAGUGAAGAUCGGAGCCGAUAUCUGCAGAACUAAGGAUCCAAAGAAUGGCGAACGCGUUCUGGAAACCGUGGAAGACAAGGUUGUGCAAGAUAUUACUGGCGAGGAAGGAACUGGUAUCUGGUCAAACGAAGAGGCUGUUGGGGAACACAUCCCGGCACCUACGCUGAGCUCAGCCCACUUCUUCCGUUUGGCUUCGGCCGACCGUGCCCAGCGUGAUCGCGCACAAAAGGCAUUCGGAGGUGACUUCCCUGCACAGAAACUGGAUGUCAAGGACAAGGCCGAGUUCCUGGAAGACUUGCGUGUGGCCACGUACACAGCAUGUCUGGCUGCCUACGUGCAAGGCAUCAAUGUCAUCGACCAUAAGAACAGAGAGGUCCAUUGGAACAUCAACUUCUCGGAAGUCCUGCAGAUCUGGCGCGCUGGCUGCAUCAUUCAAGCCGAUUACAUUGCUUCUUUGCUCGAGCCUAUCUUUGCCGAGUUCCAGAGCAAAGACACGAUGAACCUGUUGUUCGAGAAGACCAUCGCCAGCGACCUCAAGAAAGGCCAGCCCGCACUCAAGCGUGUCGUGGUGCAGGCAGUACUUGGUGAUCAUGUGGUCCCUGCCAUCUCGUCGUCGCUUGAUUACAUCAAGUACCAGACUGGUUUGGAGCUUCCGACACAGUUCUACGAAGCCGAGCUCGAUUACUUCGGCAAGCACAUGUACGACAAGAAGGGUGAGGAUCCUAAGGGAGCUCCUACCACUGGAAAGUACCACUUUGAAUGGAAGAGAGCUUGA